AUGACUUCUCCUGGUGUUACCCUCCCCAGUUCUCUGGAGAUAGGGGGUUCUCUGGAUUUGGUUGUCAAUGGCAUAUUUUCCCCUCUAGGCAUGGGAGCCGGACCUCCUCCGGGAGUAUGGUUUCCAGGUCUAAGUUGGGCAUUUUUUCCCUCUGUCAACUCGGGAUCGAAGGUGACUUUUAGGGAGUUUUUGACCAUGCGGAUAAUCCGACCUCGAUUGGAGGAUCUUGGAAAGUUCCCACAUGAAGAGACUUCAGAGGCUGUAGCCAAUGAUAUCAUCCAGGCUGAUGCCACCUUCAUGGCAUGGCUUUCUGAAGUCGGAAACAAGAACCGCCCAGACAAGGGUUUGCUGGGGAUUUUCGCGUUGGUGAAACAGGGUAUGCUAAUGGUGACAGCGCGCGAUUCGGUCGAGCCGCCCUUUGAAUCGGCCCGACUGCGCCCUCGAUCUUCUGCGCCUGUGGAACAACCUCAUUUGCCGGCGGAAGGUAGCUCUAUGGACGUAGAGCGUGCGACAAGUACUUCGGAAAAUGUGGUCACGAGGGUUACGCCCGCAGAAGAGAAUUUGUGGGCGCCAUUCCCCAAAACCGCUGCUGAAGAGGAGAUAAACUACUUUCUGCUCAACCUCCUGAAUGCCUACACGCUGAGUCUCAAUGCUGGUGUCCGCUGCGAAUGGAUUGCUCACCAAAACCCAUUCCUAACUGUCUCAUUUGGUCAAGUGGAGCUGACCGCAUAUGUCGAUGGUUAUUUGAGGCAUAUUGGUGGGCAUGAGUGCCGGACCUCCUUUAGGAGUAUGGUUUUCAGGUCAAAGUUGGGAAACACCUCACAACUUGUUGUGCUUGGUGGCCAUUUGUUGGUGUGA